CGAGGAGUCAUUCUGCUGAGUCGCACAGACGACGAAAUCAUCAAAAAAAAACUACAGGCGACGACCCAUGAUGGGAUCCCGAAAACCCUCCGACGUCUCAAAAAUCUGUGAACGGAUUGAGAGAGAACAAAGGGUAGUCUGUGACAAACAAUCCCGUCAUGCAAUUCGUGCUGGACAUUUCGCCCACAUGUUGCGCCCUGCUGAUCAGACAAAGGCAGCAUGCUGGUCUCUCUGCUGGACCCCACUGGUGCUGAGGAUAAAGGUCUUUUCCUCCUCCUUACAGAUGACUUGGUUGUCCAGCUGCUCAUCAAGUUCAGGAUGUCUGGUGCAAAGAUCCUGCGUUUCCUGCAGAGUCUAUCACGUAGGAAACCUCUGGAGCCUGAAGGUGAAGCGUCCGGGUUUCGACGGUGCCUGACCACUCUGGACCUGGUGGCUCUGGGUGUCGGCAGCACGCUGGGGGCUGGAGUGUAUGUACUUUCUGGCGAAGUGGCCCGAACCGUGGCCGGGCCCAGUAUCAUAAUAUCCUUCCUGAUAGCCGCGGUGGCCUCCAUCUUUGCAGGACUGUGUUAUGCAGAAUUUGGAGCCCGCGUUCCCAAGACCGGCUCUGCCUAUCUCUACAGCUACGUGACUGUGGGAGAGAUAUGGGCUUUUAUCACUGGCUGGAACCUGCUGCUGUCUUACAUCAUUGGGACCUCCAGUGUAGCCAGAGCAUGGAGCGCCACCUUUGAUGAUCUCAUUGGAAACGUCUUUGCCAACACUCUGGGGAAACAGGCGCCCAUGGAUUUACCUGGAUUAGCUCCCUACCCAGAUUUCUUUGCAGCUGGCCUCAUAAUGCUCUUGGCAGGGAUUCUUGCUUUUAAUGUGAAGGAAUCAGCCACAGUGAACAAGAUUUUUACAGCUGUUAACAUCCUGGUGUUGGUGUUUGUUAUCCUCUCUGGCUUCAUAAAGGGCAACAUCAACAACUGGUACAUUGCUGAAGAUUCUCUUCAAAAUCAGUACGAAAAUCACACAUUCCUGAAUGAAACCACCAGUUAUGGCAGUGGAGGAUUUUUCCCCUUUGGCUUCGAAGGAACGUUAGCAGGAGCAGCCACUUGCUUUUAUGCAUUUGUUGGAUUUGACUGCAUUGCUACAACAGGGGAGGAGGUCCAGAACCCUCAGAAGUCGAUUCCGCUGGGCAUUGUGGCCUCUCUUCUCAUCUGUUUCUUGGCUUAUUUUGGUGUUUCUGCUGCCCUGACUCUGAUGAUGCCAUAUCAUUUGCUCAGCGUCCACAGCCCGCUGCCUGUGGCCUUUACUUACAUUGGUUGGGGCCCUGCGAAGUAUGCAGUGGCUGUGGGCUCCCUCUGUGCACUGUCAACAAGUCUGUUAGGAUCAAUGUUCCCGAUGCCCCGUGUUCUCUUUGCCAUGGCCAGAGAUGGACUUCUCUUCAGGCCUCUCAGCAGAAUGAGUAACAGGCAAAGUCCUGUCAUAGCAACCCUGGCUUCAGGGGUGGUAGCAGCUGUCAUGGCAUUAUUGUUUGACCUGAAGGCGCUGGUGGACAUGAUGUCAAUCGGGACCCUCUUUGCCUACACACUUGUUGCAAUUUGUAUCCUGAUAUUAAGAUACGAAGCUGACCUCAGUGAGGAUUCAUGUUCUAGCACACCUGAACCCAUUACUCUCGGUGGACUAUUAUUUCCUCCUGCACACAGCAGCGUACGGACAUCCAAAAACGUGUCUGUUUUGACUGUUUGUAUUAUGUUUUUAGCUGUCAUCCUAAGUCUCUUGUUGGUUGGAACUGUAGACUCUCUGCAAGCCUUUGAAUGGGGGACUUUACUUUGUGUCUCUGUGAUGGUACUGAUGCUUGUCUUUAUUAUCCUAAUCAUCUGGAGACAACCACAAAGUACAACAAAAGCUGCUUUUAUGGUCCCUUUUGUGCCACUGCUUCCUAUUUUAAGCACAUUUGUCAACGUCUAUCUUAUGGUUCAACUUGGGUCAGACACGUGGAUUCGCUAUGCAGUGUGGAUGACAGUAGGUUUGUUCAUCUACUUUUGUUAUGGUGUUAAACACAGUGUGCAGAAACAAAGGCUUCAAAAUUCACAUCGUCGUGUCAGUAUUCAUUGCAUCACUGCUACGCCAGAGCAAAACACUGAACCUGAACAAGGCCAUUCUGGCUAAAUGCGUAUGAUGAAGGUGUAAGUUCAUAUUUGGUUUAAAAUUUUAACAGAAAAAAAACAAAAUUUUAAGGCAUUUUAUUUUCCAACACCAGACCCCUGUUUUAAUUCUCUUGAAAGUUAAUUUCUGGAAUAGCUUUUUGUAUUUUUUAUAAAUAAAAAAGUGAAGCAAAAUUGUGUAAAUACAAAUUUGCUUGUAUUUUGUAAUAGGUCAUGUGGUCUUUCAUUCAUUGUUUUUAAAAACAUAUUAAUAUUUCAUGUAAUAAAUUAGUAGGCCUGUUUUGUGUCUGCUGUAUUUAAUUCAAGUCAAUAUUUAGUAUAACCCAAAUCCUGAUUAAUGUAAUAAUUUGUCACAAAAUACAUUUUUUUA